UCCCAUCAUCCCCAGCUAAGUUUAGCUGCUGACAGCUGCAGGGGACCCUGCCACCAGGCCCUGGCCUGGACAAUCGCCUCUCCUCUCUCUCAGUGAGCCUUGAGCCACAGCCCCUCCAUGGCCCAGAAAGAAGAAUCCGCCGCUGAAGCCCAGGCACCCGCCUCUCAGAAUGGGGAUGACCUGGAGAACCUAGACGACCCCGAGAAGCUCAAGGAGCUGAUUGAAUUGCCACCCUUUGAGAUCGUCACUGGAGAACGGCUACCUGUCAACUACUUUAAGUUCCAAUUCCGGAAUGUGGAGUAUAGUUCUGGGCGGAACAAGACCUUCCUCUGCUAUGUGGUUGAAGCGCAAGGCAAGGAGGGUCAAGUGCAGGCAUCACGGGGCUACCUAGAGGAUGAACAUGCGACCGCCCACGCCGAGGAAGCCUUCUUCAACACCAUUCUGCCAGCCUGCGACCCAGCCAUGCGAUACAAUGUCACCUGGUAUGUGUCCUCCAGCCCCUGCGUAGCUUGUGCUGACCGUAUUAUCAAAACCCUCAGCAACACCAAGAACCUGCGCCUGCUGAUUCUGGUGGGGCGGAUCUUCAUGUGGGAGGAGCCAGAGAUCCAGGCUGCCCUGAAGAAGCUGAAGGAGGCAGGCUGCAAACUGCGCAUCAUGAAGCCCCAGGACUUCGAGUAUGUCUGGCAGAAUUUUGUGGAGCAAGAAGAGGGUGAAUCCAAGGCCUUUCAGCCUUGGGAGGACCUUCAGGAGAACUUCCUAUACUACGAGGAGAAGUUGGCGGAUAUCCUGAAGUAGGCCACCAGGCUCGGCCUCACGUCUGCCUGCUGCCACCACGAGACAGUAUGGCCGUCUGGGACAUACUUGUCUUCCUAGUACUGCUUGGAGCCAGACAACACUCAACACCAACCAAUCUGACUGGACAAGGUCUUCAGAGGACUCAAAACACACAUCUCAUGCUGUAAUUCCCUUAGGCUGUGCUUCUUUCUAGAAGGCUGCUCCUGGGAUAGAGGAAAGUGAGCUGCAAGGAGAGAAAUGCAACCAUCUAUGGGCAGCAGGCACAUGGGGCUGAAGGGCCUAGUUACUCAAGAGGGGCUGCUUAAUGCAAAGAGCCUCCAAGCCAAGG